GGUCCUGGUACUGCUUUUGUCCCCUUUUUCCCCUGACCUUCUUCCGAGUUUGUUCUUACUUUGCAGCCUCCUUCCCCACCCCGGGCUGCCUCUGGGACUCACGAAGUACCCUUAGAAAAGAGGCUCUCAGAAGGUUCAUCUGUUAAGAAGAUAAAGAAGGUAGUGGACGCAGAGCCUCCUGAGCUUUUCAGGCACUAAAUGGCUGAAGAAUUAAGAAAGCUUUCAGCCUCAUCUCCACCAGAUCAAGCUCCUGAAGAGGACCUUGUAAUUGUGAAGGUAGAGGAGGAUCAUGGUUGGGACCAGGAAUCUAGUCUGCAUGAAGGUAACCCUCCUGGCCAAGAACUGUUCCGCCUGCGCUUCAGGCAGUUAUGUUACCAGGAGACACUAGGACCCCGAGAAGCUCUGAUCCAACUCCGGGCACUUUGCCAUCAGUGGCUGAGGCCAGAUUUGAACACCAAGGAGCAGAUCCUGGAGCUGCUGGUGCUGGAGCAGUUCUUGACCAUCCUACCUGAGGAGCUCCAGACUCUGGUUAAGGAACAUCAACUAGAGAACGGAGAGGAGGUGGUGACUCUAUUAGAGGAUUUGGAAAGGCAGAUUGAUAUACUGGGACGACCAGUCCCAGCUCAUGUACAUGGACAUAGGGUACUCUGGGAGGAAGUGAUACAUUCAGAAUCUGCAUCAGAGGCUCCAAGUACUCAGCUCCAACCUGCGGCAAUCCAGCAUAAAUCUCCAGUGUCCCAAGGGCCACAAGAAAGAGCCUUCUCUACUUCUCAGAGUCCUACCCCUUCGCAGAAAGGAAGUUCUGGAGACCAGGAAAUGACAGCUACACUUCUAACGGCAGGGUUCCAGACUUUGGAGAAGAUCGAGGACAUGGCUGUGUCCCUCAUUCGAGAGGAGUGGCUUCUUGAUCCAUCACAGAAGAAUCUGAGUAGAGCUAACAAGCCAGAGAAUUACAGAAACAUGUUCUCCCUGGGUGGUGAGACCAGGAAUGAGAACAGGGAAUUAGCUUCAAAACAGGUAAUAUCUACUGGAAUCCAACCACAUGGAGAGACAGCUGCCAAAUGCAACGGGGAUGUUAUCAGGGGUCUUGAGCAUGGAGAAGUCCAAGACCUUCUGGGCAGAUUAGAGAGGCAGCGGGGAAAUCCUACACAAGAGAGACGACAUAAAUGUGAUGAAUGUGGGAAAAGCUUUGCUCAGAGCUCAGGCCUUGUUCGCCACUGGAGAAUCCACACUGGGGAGAAACCCUAUCAGUGUAAUGUGUGUGGUAAAGCCUUCAGUUACAGGUCAGCCCUUCUUUCCCAUCAGGAUAUUCACAACAAAGUAAAACGCUAUCACUGUAAGGAGUGUGGUAAAGCCUUCAGUCAGAACACAGGCCUGAUCUUGCACCAGAGAAUCCACACUGGGGAGAAGCCAUAUCAGUGCAAUCAGUGUGGGAAGGCUUUCAGUCAGAGUGCGGGUCUUAUUCUGCACCAGAGAAUCCACAGUGGGGAGAGACCCUAUGAAUGUAAUGAGUGUGGGAAAGCUUUCAGUCAUAGCUCACACCUCAUUGGACAUCAGAGAAUCCACACUGGGGAGAAGCCCUAUGAGUGUGAUGAGUGUGGGAAAACCUUCAGGCGGAGCUCACAUCUUAUUGGCCAUCAGAGAAGCCACACUGGGGAGAAACCCUACAAAUGCAAUGAGUGUGGGAGGGCUUUCAGUCAGAAGUCAGGCCUUAUUGAACAUCAGAGAAUCCACACUGGAGAGAGACCCUAUAAAUGUAAAGAAUGUGGGAAAGCUUUCAAUGGGAACACUGGUCUCAUUCAACAUCUGAGAAUCCACACAGGGGAGAAACCCUAUCAAUGUAAUGAGUGUGGGAAAGCCUUUAUUCAGAGGUCAAGUCUCAUUCGACAUCAGAGAAUCCACCGUGGUGAAAAAUCUGAAUCCAUAGGAGUUUAUGAAAAGCUUCAGUCAUAGUUUGAGCAUUAGUCAACAUUAGAGGGUGAGAGGUCUUUAGUAAAAAGGCAGAAAGUUUAUCAUCAUUGCAACUUUAGUGUCAGAAUCUGUACUGGUGGCAAAGUUAGAAUAGCUCUUCAGUGGUUUGGGCCCAGUGCCUUGAUGCACGUUGAUUAGCUUGACUGUCGUUGGAGGUAUCUAGUGGAGUGGCGCUCCUGAUGGCCUAAUGUAUCCUUUAGAAAUUUAACAUAGCAUUAGAGCAAGUUGCUUGUCAUGACUUGAGGCACUUAACUUUGUCUUUUGGGUGAGUAGCUAUAGGUUUGAACGAGGCUGCUACUCCUAGUUCCUCUGUUUCCUUCCAUCUCCUAUGAAGCCUGUCUCCCAUUUAUUUCCCUUGGGGUGCGCUGGCACUCCCAAUCUGAUCUAAGAAGCUGCUCUAGAGUCCAAAGCAGCCUCCAUGUGAAACUUAUAUUUAGCUUUCUAAGAUCCUAGUUCUAGGAACAUUUUUAUAGACAUUUAAUGUAUUUAUGCUUAAGCGUGCAUUUUUUUAUUCUAAUGUUCCUUCUAGUCAGUGGAAAUCCGUAUUCCCAUGCAAACUCAGAAUGCUAUAUUUUUAACAGCACUCAAGUAUUUUACUUCAUAUAUCUCCUUCACUGACUCCACUCAGUCAUUGAGCAUCUGUACAUAUCCUUCAUCGCUCCCAGUCCCAGUACCUGUGUCAGCAAAGGAAAUGGACACAUUAAUGGUGGUUAUGGGAGUGAUGCAGAGAAAGAGGUGAGUGGAGACUCAGCCCAGCUGCUCUUAAGCUUGGAUAAUUGUCCCUUUCGGUGACUUCUGACUCUCCUUCCACCUCCUCACUGUACACUGUGGUACAAAUAGAUAUUUGUGUUAUCCUAAUUAUAGCAUCAGAUAGGAGGAGGAAGAGACAGGUGCUUGAAGAAGACAAAAAUCCUUACAAAGAAUGUACUUUAAUCCCUUUAGGCCCAUUAUAGUACUGCUCUUGUAGGUUCCUAUGAGCCUGUACAAGCUCCCUGACUAGAUGGUCUGUCACUGUUGUCAUUACCUUGGACCCACUUCCUAGAUGGCCUCAGCACUUCACUCAUUAUUCUCCAUCUAUUUCUCACUAUCAGUUUAUAUAAUUUUAAUAUCCAUAGUGGUAAUCUAAUACCUUACCUCACAAUUCCUCAUUCUUGUGAAUCCUGGUGUACUCUAUCUAUAAUCCAUAAAUGUAAUCUACCAACAAAGACAAACUAUUAAACUCAUUAUCACCAGGCACUAUGUUUCAUCUUUGAGGCUUUCAGUAUCCCAAGGAAUAUGGUAUUAAAUAAUGAGACUGGUUUAAAGUAACAUACCAGAACUUAUGCAUCCAAUAUGGGUUAACCUUUAAAUUAGAUAGUUCUUGUUAUUCCAAAGUACUAUUCUAGUAGUGCUACUGAUCCUCAAAAUAUUUGGUAUACUCUUAGAAUCCCCAUAUAAUAAACCAUAAAAGAAAACUCUCUAUUAUUCACAUUUGAUUCUAUUUGAUUAUUCACUAGACUUAGAAUUGAAUAAUUUUUGGCUUUCCAAAAUUAACCCUCAAAGUUGAAAUUGAUUCUAUUAAGCCUAUUCAGAAAAAAACUAUUUAGAUUAUGAUCAAAACUACACAAUGGCACACUGAAAAGGGAUAACAAUCAUUAUUUUAUGAUUGAUGAAUUAAAAAAAUCAAUCAUAAAACCUUAACUCAUAGAGGUAUACAUUUUGGAUCAUAAAUUGCUUCCCUAUAGGAUCCCUUUUCUACCUCCCUGUGGCACACUUUGACUAACAACAUCAAGGUUGUUUACAUCUAUUUCAUUGAGCUGUUGGUGAAUGAAGCCACCCAUCACUUGUCAUCUUGGUUUGCAACAGUCCUUUGCAUUAUCCUUUAUUUUCUUAUCCUCCCUCCUUUUUUUUUCUUUUUUGACCUAUAGGUUACCAUUCCUAAUUCCCUUGUACUUGAAAUUUCAAGAAACCAGAAACAAGUAAAUCUGGUUGUGUCUAGGUCCUUGCUCUCUGCUUCAGUUGUGCCUUACCCUCUGUAAGAUACUGACUCUGCCUGGGGCCAGUGCUACCUUGUAUGCAAAUAUUACAUAUGAGGGGUACAUUGUCAGAGGGAAAAAUACGCAGAUGUGUGCAUGUGUAUGUACACACACACUCCUCCCAUAUGCUUUAGAGAAACACUUGCCUUCUAUUCCAUUGAAGUG